UAUGGUGAAAUUUGCACCUACAGCAAACUGGUGCCGGUAUGGGCAUCAUUCCCCUCAUCACCCCCAUCCCUACCCCCAUGGCCUGAAGCCUCUCCUGCCAGUCAACAUUCCUUUACCUAUUGUGUCAUGUUCAAUUAUUUCUCAUCAGCCUAUAUGUCCAGUUCUCCUAACUUCCUGACCCCACAAGCACAACAGUCUGCACUCCAAAUCUCCCUCACUGGGCCACACUUUUGAACAAUGUACACAGGGCCCUGCUUGAUUGUCAUGCAAAUGAAGCCAAAAACCCACAGUAUUGAUCCAAGUCCCUCUGGCUUUUGUCCACAAAGCCCCCCUGCACCCCCACCGGAGUGAGUGAAUGGUACAGCCCAGUCCGAUCCUUUGUGCAUUGAGUGCUUGGCUUUCUAGCCCUCCUAUUGCUGAGGGAAAAAAAACCAAGUGCUGUUUAUGCAUGGUUUCUACUUGACUCUGUGGAUAAAUUUUGCCAUCUCCCGGAUAUUCUAACCCCGUUUUUCCUUCCCAUGCACCAAGGCAGUCAGCCCAAGGAACGCAGAAUAUAAGUGCAUCCGGGUGCGUGUUCCUGUGUGACCAGCUAAGUCGUCAAGGUGUCUCUCACGGCCAUUUUCAUCCAGUCGGACCCUAGUGCUUCAUCCCGCAGCAUGGAGCCCGACACGCCCAACAGCAAGCCAGCCAGAAAUGCCCAGACACCCAGUAACCACACCCCUAGCCGCAGUGGCCGACACAGGGACCGGUACAGGGAUCGCGACACAGACGAAGAGAGCGAGAAGGGCCACCGCAGCAGGCGCCGGCGAGAGCGGGACCCGGAGCGGGGCGAUGACUACGAUGGCGACCGCUCCCACCGAAGCCACAACCGCAGCAGCCGUUCUGUAUCCAUCAUGCCGCCCCAGCCUCAGACCACCGACGACGAGAGGGAUGAGGUUGUAGAGGUGGAAAUCUUGCCCCAGGAUGACAACUGGGGGGACAACACAACGGCCAUCACCGGCACUUCGGACCGCUCCUCCAUGGAGGACCUGACCCAGCUCGCCAAGAGCAUGGACGAUACUGGCUUUGACUGCAGCCGCUACGUGGGCUACGUCUUGGCGGCCGUGGUGGGCCUGCUGGCCUUCCUGUCGCCCAUUGCAUUUGUCAUCAUCCCCAUCGUCCUGUACAAGCCGGCCCCUUGCGGCACGGCCUGCGACGGCCUCUUCAUCAGCAUGGCCUUCAAACUCUUGAUUUUGCUGAUUGGCAGCUGGGCGCUGUUCUUUCGGCGGCCCAAGGCCAGCUUCCCCCGCCUGUUCGUAUUCCGCCUGCUGAUAGUGGCCCUCCUGCUGGUGCUGAUCACGGCCUACUGGUUGUUCUUUGGCGUGCGCGUCAUGCAGCAGGGAUUCAGCAUAGUCUACGAGUACAAGGACGUUGUUCUGUACGCGGUAUCGUUAGUGGACGCUUUGCUGUUUGUUCAUUACGUGGCUGUCAUCCUGUUGGAGUUGCGACAGCUUCAGCCGAUGUUCGCCAUCAAGGUUGUACGUUCCCCAGACGGCGCGAGCAAGUACUACACUGUAGGGGUGUUUAGCAUACAGCGCUGCGCAGCGUGGAUCCUGGAGCACUACUACCGUGACUUCCCCAUCUUCAACCCCCACCUCCUGCGAGUGCCCACGUCACGGGUGGCCAACAAGCUGUCUAACUUCAAGGUGUAUGAUGUGGAUGGGCCCAACGAGUCGGUCACAGGCCGGUCGCGGGCCAUCCUGGCAGCCACUGCCCACCGGCGGGACCAGAGCCGCAACGAGCGGUUCUACGAGAAGCAGGAGUACGAGCGGCGUGUCAAGAAGCGACGGGCGCGGUUAGAGGUGGCGGCGGAUGAGGCCUUCACCCACAUCAAGCGCCUACACGAGGACCAGAGCAUGAGCGCGCACGUCAUGGAUCCCACAGAGGCAGCCCAGGCCAUCUUCCCCUCCAUGGCCCGCUCACUGCAGAAGUACCUGCGCGUAACCCGCCAGCAGCCUCGCUGGACCAUGGAUGCGGUCAUCGGCCACCUGUCCAUGUGCAUCAGCUACAACCUCUCCCCCAAGGCCUUCCUGGAGGCGUUCUUCGAGCCGGGACCCUCCAUCGUGCAGAGCGUCCGCGAUGGCCUGGGGUCCCAGCCCUGGGAGCUGGUCUCGGACACCAUGGUGUCUCGCCCUAUCAAAGAGGGCGGGACUUUCCAGCUCCGCCAGGGGGAGGUGAUGCUGCAAGUGUACGUCAUGAGGAUACCGCACCUGAAGGUGAAGGAGGAAGCCUACGACUACAAGAACAAUCGGUUUGCCCUGAGAUUGCAGUCAGAAACAUCGGUCUGAGUACGUCACAUAUCGAGUGUUACUUUCGUCAGGAAGAAUGGACUCAAAGUACUCUCAAGUGCGAGCCAUUUGUCCACGUACUGUACAUUGAUGUGGUCCUAUGACACUGCAUCUCAUAGAUUAUAAUGAGGAGCACUCGUUGUGUAGCUCCAUUUCCAUGACAAUGCAAACACAUACCUUUUCAACUGGGGAAGAUUAGGCUCCAUACUUGCAUCUCACACUAAAGAUGAGUACAUCUUGUGUUAAGCUGCAGUACAUGUAGGUCUUAUGCACCAGGCAUGGUUCACCUGGAACAUAAUGCAAGUGAACUGGUUCAGGAGUGCCGUGAAGUUGUGAACUUUUCCAGUAUGGCUGUCUUGAGUAGUUUACACACUGGCCUCGUCCGAUUCUGCACAGUGGCAACAGACCCUUUACCAUCGUGGUUUUCUCUGACCACGAUUCUGCUUCAGAAUCCGGCAGCAGGACAUACUAGAUUCCAGUCCAUCCAUCGUUGGGAGGAACCCCAGCUGCCGUGCCGAUCAACAGUUUACACUUUUCAGCAGUGGAAUGAUGCGCUUGCGUGAGAAAGUAUGGAGCCUCACAAAAACAGUACAAAUAUAGAAUGCCAAACGGUUAGAUUUCGCAAGGGAUUUCAU